AUGCGCGUGGCCCCUACGGCGAGUCAUGUCCACGCACUUGCCGCGCCGCGGAGCUCCCGCCUCGCGCUAUUGGCCCGAGUCUACGUGCUGCUCUCAACCGCCCUCAGCCUCUACUUCCUCGUCGUCGUCUUGCAGCCCAAUAUUGCCAACGACCUCUGGUGGGCUGGCUUUACAACGCCAGGGCCCCAAACCUUUCUGGCCGAUAUCUUUCACCGGCGUCUUCAGCUCGCGACAUCGUACUCGAUCCCACUCACCGAGGUCGUUCUGGAGAAGAGCUACGAGGAUGGAGCGAGUACCUCUAUCGAUAUGACGCGCUCGCUCUCACGCCAAGUGCUUUUGGCCAACAUUUCGUUUGAGAACGUGAUUCCAAUCAUGCGCGAAACACCAUUUGCGUGGAGCGUUCGCAUGUUCGCACAGUACUGCUGGGUCGACUUGGGCCGCGUUUACGAGCUCUCUACCACCGCGCGUCGCCAAGCCCGAUGUCAUCGCAGCAUGAAGCUCAACGGCGCAGUCUACUGGGAGCCGCUGCUGCGCAACUCGCUACAGCAAGACGUUCUCAACGGCUCGUAUGGCGCGGCAGUCCAGACCACGCUUUUUGAUUUCAUUCAGAGCUCGCAUUUUGGCAACGUCUGGUUCGCCUCUCUCUGGGCGACGCCGUGGCCCCCUGUUUUAGCCGAAGUUGCUGUCUGGCGCGAGCAUGGUCUGAGCUAUUGGCAAACGCAAUUGACCAACUACUAUGAGCAAGGUCUCCAGGAGACGAUUCAAAUUGAGAACGCACUUGGCAUCCGCACCAACUUUACCAUUCACCACAAAGCCCAGAGCUACCGCGGUUUGUCGCUCUGGUCGCUCGGCUAUGCGUACGCAGGCGUGUGGAACGAUCUGUUCAGCUGCCAGCAAAUGGGCUGCAGCCUGCUUCGUGGCGCCGACGCGUACUCGGACCACAUAAAGACAACGUGGGAGUUUGAGCUCUACGGUCUCGACGUCAACGCGACGCUGAUUGCGCUCAUUGAUGCCAGCACAGGACCGUUUGGCAGCAUCGACACGGUCCUCGCGAAUAAACCAACAGCACUCGAGACCUACUACCUUGCGUACCAGCACCUCGCAAGGUCGUGGCUCGUCUUGAACGACUCGGUUCAUUCCACUUACAGCUCCAUUCCGUCGGUCACUGUCGACCUUGUCCCUUUGCAUUGGCGCGGCGCCAACGUCAGCUACUUUACCGGCAACCCCAUGUGCAACACCAACCGCCCCCAGCCAUUUGUGCAAGAUCAGCUGAGUUUCUACGACGCGUGUUCAAUGCAGCUACCAAGUUUCACGACGUUGUCUCGACAAGCGCUCGUCUUUGCGUGGACGACGCUUCGCUACACCGACCCAUCGCUCGCCAACGCGAAUACUGCCCAGCUCUGUGCCGCUGUGCUCACUCCGACCAACAACGAGGCGUGUCAAUCGACGCUGGAGAUGGUACGCCGGCUCGUCGCGUCUUUUGAGAUACCUUGGCAGACGCCAUCCAACGACCUCGCAGCGGCCAUGGCGCAGCUCAACGUUACGCUGGUGCAGUUUGCACUCAACGACAGUGUGCCUGUGUUCUGA